AUGAGCAUUUUUGUUGUUUGUGCCAUUAUUAAAGUUAUCCUCUCCUUGAUUUAUGCAGAUGGACAGUCCUUUGUUUACGGUGGCAACUCCGGUGGGCAGCCAUGUGUGUUCCCAUUUGUUUUUAGUGGGAACACCCACUACUCUUGCAUCUCUGAGGGCCGAACAGAUGGGCAGUUAUUGUGUAGUACUACAUCUGACUAUGAUAGUGACGGCUUGUACUCAUUCUGUACCCGAAAGAACCAGCUUGUGACGACUCGUGGAGGAAACUCUAAUGGUGCUCUGUGCCAGUUUCCUUUCAAGUAUAAUGGACGCAACUACACAGACUGCACAUCUGACGGCCGCCGUGACAGCAUGAAGUGGUGUGGUACCACUACUGACUAUGAUUCAGAUCGGAAAUACGGAUUCUGUCCCAUGGCUGGUGAGCAUGUUUAAUCGUUUUCGGUCAGUUUU